AUGCCGAAGCCAUCUUCUUCGCCGGGCCCCACCAAGGCGCCGAAGAACUCGACUGCCGAGGCCUCCGCCUUUCCGCUUCGUUACGCUGUGCUUGCUGUUCUGCUACCCGUCGCGCUCUGGCUGUACUAUCCCUCCUCAUCUGCGCCGACUCCGCUGCCGACCACGCCUGUCGCGCAGCCCGCCGCCGUUAUCCCGGAAGCAGCUCGCUGUCCUGCACAGGUCAACCCGCUGAACGUGGGCGCAGACUGGCAUCCUGAAGAUGACGCGGCGUACGAGCAGCAAGCGGUGGAGCGGCUGCGAGAUGCGGUGCGAUUCCGCACCGAGGCGUUUGACGACAUGGGCGGUCCAGAAGACCCGCGCUUUGAGAUCUUCCUCGAGCUGCACUCGCUCCUCGAAGCGUCGUACCCGCGCGUCUUUGCCUCUCUCCAGGUCGAAAAGGUUCGCCGGCACGGCCUCCUCAUCACCUGGCAAGGCUCCGACCCGAGCUUGAAGCCGGUCGUGCUCAUGGCGCAUCAAGACGUCGUGCCUGUCGACGCUGUGACGGCGAGCAGGUGGACGCACCCGCCUUUCUCCGCUCACCUCGACGAGCACGGAUGGAUCUGGGGCCGGGGCACGACCGACUGCAAGAACACGCUCCUCGGCGCGCUCUCCGCUUUCGAGAAGCUCCUCGAGGACGGCCACAAGCCUACACGAACCCUGAUCAUCUCCUCCGGCGCCGACGAAGAGAUUGGCGGGACACGCUCGGCGAAAUAUAUCGCUGAACGACUCGAAGAGCGAUACGGCCGCGAUGGAGUCGCCUUCAUCCUUGACGAAGGCAUCUCGGCCAUCGACCAAGCCUACGGCCUGACUCUCGCUCGGCUCGGCAUCGCGGAGAAGGGCGCUGUCUCCAUCAAGCUCGACGUCUUGACGCCAGGAGGGCACAGCAGCGUCCCGCUCGGCCCUCAUACCAGCAUAGGCAUCCUCGCCAAGCUCGUGACGACGCUCGAGGAGAACCCCGAGCCGCCCAUCAUGCGCGAGGGCAGUCCGCUCUUGACGGAGCUGCAGUGCGCAGCCGACUACGGACAACUACCGCCGGCUUUGAAGGCGAGCGUGCGGGACCCGAGUCGCUGGGAAGCUUUGAGCAGGCAGAUGUCGGCAAAGGACAACAUCAUUCGCGCUUUCAUCGGCACGACGCAGGCUGUCGACCUCAUUCACGGAGGUGUCAAGAUUAACGCCCUACCCGAGUUUGCGACCGCUUCCGCCAACUACCGCAUCAACUUCCUCUCCUCCGUCAACGCGACCCUUGAGCGGCUUAUCACCGUCCUCCGACCAACCGUCGACUCGUUCAACUUGACCUUCGACGUCCUCGGCUCACAUGCCAACAUCGACAACAACGUCGUCCGCUUCAACGUCUUGCCAACUACUGCGCAUGAGCCGGCGCCGCUGACCCCUGCAACGGGUCCGGCGUGGAAGCUGAUGGCCGGUACAACGAGGCACAUCUGGGAGGGCGCGGUCGUUACGCCGAGCGGCAUGAUCGGCGGCACCGACACGAAGCAUUGCUGGAACCUCACGCGCAACAUCUUCCGCUUCGUGCCGUGCUCGCUCUCGCUGGCGCUGAACUUGCACACGGUCGAUGAGCGUCUCCACGUCGACGCUCAUAUGAGCACGAUACGGUUCUACUACAAGCUCAUCCAGAAUCUGGAGGGUUGGGAGGCGCCGUGA